AUGCCAAAAAAAGAUUACUAUUCCUCGAAAAUAGCUGGUCAAAGAUUCAAUCCUAAAAAGGCUUGGAAAAGUAUAAACAACUUAUUAGGCAGACAAAACAAACCAACUGUAGUAAAUGAGCUGAAUGUAAAUGAAGAUAAUUUAACAAGUCCUGAAGAAAUUGCAGAGGGCUUUAAUAACCAUUUUUCAAAUAUUGGUCCAGAUUUGGCCAGCAAAAUUGAUACGUCAAAUUACAAUUUUGAAACAUAUAUUAAGGAUACUAAAUCAGAAUUUGCAGCAUUUCAGCCUGUUACUGUCAGUUAUAUCUGUUGUCUCUUAAAUGGGCUUUCUGGCAAUAAAGCAACUGGCAUUGAUAAGAUUUCUU